AUGAAAAUAAAAAAUUCCGGUCCAAGUUCGGGAGGAGAUGGGCAUAGAUUCACAAAUAAUAAUGCUCAAACCCUAGGGGGCAUCAAAAACUCUGGUCCAAGCCCCAGAGGAGAUGGGCAUGAGUUUGCCAAUGCUCAGAUUUUUGGAGGAAUCAAAAACUCCGGUCCAAGUUCUGGAGGAGAUGGACAUAGAUUCACCAAAGCUCAAACUCUUGGGGGUAUCAAAAGCUCCGGUCCAAGCUCUGGAGGUGAAGGACACGGCUUCAUCAACGCUCAAACUCUAGGUGGGAUCAAAAACUCCGGUCCAAGCCCCGGAGGUGAAGGGCAUGCCUUCACCAACUCACGGACUUUAGGAGGGAUCAAAAAUUCCGGUCCAAGCCAUCGAGGUGAUGGACAUGGCUUCUCCAAUGCUCAGAAAACCUCCGGUCCAAGCCGAGGUGGAGAAGGGCAUGGCCUCACCAAUGCACAAAGUCUAGGGGGUAUCAAGAACUCCGGCCCAAGCUCUGGAGGCGAGGGACAUGAGUUCACAAACGCCCAAACUCUUGGAGGGAUCAAAAACUCCGGUCCGAGCUCCGGAGGAGAGGGACAUGCCUUCACCAACGCUCAUACUCUUGGAGGGAUCAAGAACUCCGGUCAAGCCCGGGUGGAUGUGGACACUAGUUCACUGGCACUGAAAUAUUUCUGCGAAGCUGGUCUGUGUGAUGGCAUUUACAUGCCUUCGCGCCCUAGAAGAGUCUAA